CGCGCCCCCGCCGCCGUGCCGGGACUACAUUUCCCAGCGCUCCCCGCGGCCGAGGCGUCCCCCGCCGCUCCCGGCCAUGGAGCCGCCGGCGCGGAGGCACCGCGCGCGCUGCCCGGGACCGGCCGCGCCGCCUUGGAAGGAGACCUACCGCCGCCGCUGCGCGGAGAGGCUGCGGAGCAGCCGGGCGAAGCUGCUGGAGCGGUACCGGCGGGCCGGGGAGAGGGUGCGCGGCGCGGGCCCGGGCGCGCUGCUGGUGCCGGAGGUGAUGGAGCAGGAGUGGCAGACGCUGCAGGAGAGCCCGCCGCCCCUCGGGGGCAGGGCGGCCCUGGCGCAGAUGCUAGAGGACCCCGAUGAGCUAGCAGUACUGGAAGAGAUCCAACAGGAAUUGAUCUUGCAAGAGCAGUCGGUUAUAGAAGAGUACGAGCGAAGCCUGCAGUUUGAUGAAGAAUGUCUCAACGCGAUGCUUGAUGGCUUGGAUGCCAGCGACAAGGUCAUCUGCCCAGUGUGUAGGAAGAAUAACCUGACCGUGAGGAAUCACUUGGUUUUUUGCCAGUGUGGAUUAUACAUCAGCACACAGGAUAUGACCGAAGGGAAGCUUCGGUCACUUCUAGAAAACACUGUAACAGAGCACAGUCACAGGUGCUUCCACAACCCAGAGUUCACAGUUACCAGUGGAAUGGAGGAAGAAGCCAGUCUGCUCAUGAGCUGCCCGGUCUGCGACUCCUGGACAAUCCUCCUGUAAGCUGAUUUGGCUGCUGCUUUUUUUCUGGAAGGACUUCAAGACUAAAAAAUCCAUCCAGAGCUGCUAGUAUUUUUUAUGUGUAUACUUGUAACUGCUGUGUCAGAAAGAUAAUUGAAAGGGCAGAAGUACUGCCCUGACCUGCACUUUUGAUGGCACAGUGUCCAUUCUGAAAUAAAUAUGCUUAGUUUCUCUCA